ACUUCUUCGCACCUCUGAAUUCUGAUUACAAUCUACAUGUCUACAUCUCUUUUCUGUGUAGAUCCAGGAUUAGACGUCUGAUGAUGGAUCACCAAAUUCCAAUAAUUUUUCUCAAUUCUUUGUGCUGAUUAGGCACGCCACGUAGGAUAAAGAUCUGGUCUCAAACUCUGAUAAAAGUCUCAACGCGAAAAUGACACUCAGGCCCGGCGUCCAUUAACCAAUGUCUACUGUUCUGUAAACUCAUCAGUCUGGAGGCCAAUCCUCGACGCCUUAUUGUUCAUAUUCUGUUGUCCUUUUUUUCUUUUUUUAAAUUACAUGCUUGAAUUUUGUUUCUGGCUUCGAAUUUUCCGAGAUAAAUGAAUAUUAGGGUUCAGAUUGAUCUCUAGAGGAAGUUUUAAUGACACGAAACUGUUGAUUUUAUCGUCUGAGACAUUCUAGGGGUUUUGAGAUGUCUGUUGCGGAAUUAAAGAAGCGGCAUAUAGCUGCUACAGCGACUGUGAAUGCCCUAAGAGAACAGUUGAAGCAGAAGAGGAUUCUUCUUCUUGAUACUGAUGUCGCGGGGUAUGCCAGGUCGCAGGGACGAACGCCGGUUAGCUUUGGCCCUACCGAUCUGGUCUGCUGCAGGACAUUGCAGGGACACACGGGAAAGGUUUAUUCUUUGGACUGGACUUCUGAAAAGAAUCGAAUUGUCAGCGCAUCUCAAGAUGGAAGGUUAAUUGUGUGGAAUUCUUUAACGAGCCAAAAAACUCAUGCUAUAAAGCUACCUUGUGCGUGGGUCAUGACAUGUGCCUUCUCUCCAAAUGGUCAAUCUGUUGCAUGUGGUGGUCUCGAUAGUAUAUGCUCUAUCUUCAAUCUAAACUCGCCUAAUGACAAGGACGGAAACUUAACAGUAUCAAGAAUGCUCAGUGGGCACAAGGGUUAUGUAUCCUCAUGUCAGUAUGUUCCAGAUGAAGAUACUCACCUAAUAACCAGUUCUGGUGAUCAAACAUGUAUUUUAUGGGAUGUUACUACAGCCCAGAGGCUUUCUGUAUUUGGAGGAGAAUUUCCAUCAGGACACACAGCUGAUGUACUGAGUGUAUCAAUCAAUGGAUCCAACUCAAAGAUGUUUGUCUCUGGUUCAUGCGAUGCAACUGCCCGGUUGUGGGACACCCGCAUUGCAAGUCGAGCAGUCCGCACAUUUCAUGGCCAUGAGGGAGAUGUUAGCACUGUAAAGUUCUUCCCAGAUGGAUACAGAUUUGGAACUGGCUCAGAUGAUGGAACAUGUAGGCUAUUUGACAUGAGGACUGGGCACCAACUGCAAGUCUACCACCAGCAGCAUGAUGGUGAGGUUCCUCUUGUGACCUCCAUUGCCUUCUCAAUAUCAGGCAGGCUUCUGUUUGUUGGAUACUCAAAUGGGGACUGCUACGUAUGGGACACCUUAAUGGCAAAGGUAGUUCUAAAUUUGGGAUCUCUGCAAAACUCACAUGAGGGCCGGAUCACUUGUUUGGGUUUGUCAGCAGAUGGGAGUGCCUUGUGUACAGGAAGCUGGGAUAGAAACUUGAAGAUCUGGGCUUUUGGAGGACAUAGGAAAGUUAUAUGAGUUUUCCAGGCGGGAAAAAGACUUUUGCAAAAGCAAAGCUAGGGAAUCUCUUAGCUCUUGGUAGAAAUUGUCCAUUCCUUGUUUGUAAAGUCUUCUUAUCAAGGCAUAUUUAAGGUUUUUAUCAAGGCAAAGCUAGGAAAUCUCUGGCUUUUCAUCA